CUUUGCGUGGUCUUGACGACCCUCCCCCCCUUUCCCUGUUUUCCUUUUUUUUGGAUGCCACUCGAUUCUUUCCUCUGUGGCUACUUUCUUAUUUUCUUCCCCUCACCAAGUCUGCCCGACCCUCUUUGAGCAACAAGAACUUAACGCAGACUGCGGAUCAACGUUUUAGUAUUAAACCAAGGUAACAUUUCUGCUUUUUUUUUGUUUUUCCUGUUUUGGGGAGAUCUUGGAGUGCAGUCGUACCCGGACAGGACCACCAGGCAACAAGCAGUGGGAAGGACCAUGCAGAGCACGCACGGCGUGGACUUGCUUCUUCUCCUCAGCUUCUUGCUCAGCCUGGCCUACUCGCUUAACCCGAGAGACCCCAAUGUGUGCAGCCUGUGGGAGAGCUUCACCACCUCCGUCAAGGAGUCCUACUCGCAUCCUUACGACCACGUGUCCGAAGAACCCUGCUCGGACCCUCGGAGUAACUACAAAUGUCCCAGACACAGGAUCACCUACAAGACAGCUUACAGGCAAGCCGUCAAGACAGACUACCGCAAACGCUACCAGUGCUGCCCGGGCUACUACGAGAGCCGCGACAAAUGCGUCCCUCGCUGCACCAAGGAGUGCGUUCAUGGCCGCUGCCUGGCUCCGGACCGCUGUCAGUGCGCGGGAGGCUGGCGAGGCGACGACUGCUCCAGCGCCUGUGAAGACAAACGUUGGGGUCCGGGCUGCGGCCAGCAAUGCAACUGCAAGAACGGCGCCCUGUGCGACCCGGUCAAAGGAACGUGUCAGUGCCCGCCGGGUUUCGUUGGACGCCAAUGCGAGGAGGCGUGUCCCGAUGGAACCUUUGGAAAGGACUGCCUGCAAAAGUGCAAGUGUGGGACCGGAGGAUCCUGCAAUAAAGCCAGCGGGGAGUGCACGUGUCGAGAUGGCUUCACUGGCACUUUCUGCGAGAGCCGAUGCUCCAGAAAAUGUCCCGCUCGGUGUCCGUGUCAAAAUGGCGGCAUCUGUCGGGGUAAAGGGAUCUGUGCCUGCCCUCCUGGAUGGAUGGGUUCUGUUUGCACGGAGCGCUGUCCCGAGGGACGCUACGGACCCAACUGUGCCGAAGAGUGCAUAUGCCACAACCGCGGCAAAUGCGACCCCGAGACGGGACAGUGCAAGUGUGCCGAAGGCUACACCGGGAACAGAUGCAACGAGGAAUGCGCGGUGGGCUCUUACGGUCAGGACUGCGAAGGGGCGUGCGACUGCGCAAACGGCGCUCGCUGCUACAACAUCGACGGCGGCUGCCUGUGCGAACCGGGCUUCAGCGGGCCCAGCUGCAAGGACCGAAUGUGCCCGCACGGAAAAUACGGGAUGCACUGCGAACGCUCGUGUCUCUGCCAGGACAAAAACACGCUCAGCUGCCACCCGAUGAAAGGCGAGUGCACGUGCCAGGCGGGUUGGGCCGGGCUGCACUGCAACGAAACCUGCGCCCACGGUUUCUACGGCGACGGAUGCCUCGAGCCCUGCUUGUGCGUUAAUGGCGGCGUGUGCCACGGUGCCACCGGACUAUGCCAGUGCGGCCCGGGAUACACGGGAGUUCACUGUGAGAGUCCAUGCAAAAGCGGCACCUACGGCAAGAACUGCUCCCUGGAGUGUUCCUGCAAGAACUUUGUGGACUGCUCGCCCAUCGACGGUGCUUGUUUCUGCAAAGAAGGCUGGCGAGGAACCGAUUGCUCCGUCCCGUGCUCGGAGGGAACCUGGGGCCGCGGAUGCAACGGCACCUGUCAGUGCGCUAACGGAGCCAAGUGUAACCCUGUGGACGGAUCCUGCACUUGCACAGCAGGCUGGCAGGGGGCGCACUGCGACCAGUCGUGCCCGAUGGGCUCGUUUGGGCCGGGCUGCCUGAAGAGAUGCGACUGCGUCAAUGCUGACGGUUGCCAGGCAACCACAGGGGAGUGCCACUGUCUGCCAGGCUGGUGGGGGCCACGUUGUAGUGAACCGUGCUCCGAAGGCCUGUGGGGGCGCCAUUGCAACCAGACCUGCUUCAAGCACUGCCCCAACAGCGAGACGUGCCUGCGGGAAACGGGAGCGUGCGUGUGCCGCCCGGGCUUCUGGGGCGUCACCUGUCAGAACAAAUGCAGAUCGGGUACGUACGGCGAGCAGUGCGGCCAGUCCUGCCCGUCCUGUGGCCAGUCGUACCGCUGCCACCAUGUGACCGGGGAGUGCGACUGCCUUCCGGGUUACACAGGAGAUGAUUGCCAACAAGUUUGUCCAUCCGGCUACUACGGCAAGGGUUGUUCUGAGGUUUGCGUCAGCUGCGCCAACAACGCCACGUGCAGCCACCGCGACGGCCAAUGUCAAUGUCUUCCCGGCUGGACCGCCACCGACUGUUCCAUACCUUGCAGCGCGGGACGUUUUGGAUCUUUUUGCUCCCAAACUUGCUCCUGUCCCACCAACGUCCUGUGCGACCGCGUCACGGGAGAGUGUCUGUGCGACAGCGCUGACUGUCAACAAGAAACGUCCGAGCCCGGCAGCGUGAUGGUCCCGCUGCCCCCAGGCGAGAAGGAAUCAUGGGCGGCUAUCAGCGGCGUGGUGGCGCUGGUCAUCUUGGUGGUUCUGCUGCUGGUUCUCCUGCUGCUCUACCGACGCCAGCAGAAGCUCAAGCACAACAACACGCCCGCCGUCUCCUUCUCCACCAGUCGCACCGUCAACUCCGAGUACGCCGUUCCAGAUAUGGCUCCCAACUACCAGCACUACUACUCCAACCCCAGCUACCAUACACUUCAGGAGAACCGUCCACCGCUGCCUCACCUUCCUAACAACCACGACCGCACCAUCAAGAACACAAACAAGCAGUUGUUCUGCAGCAUGAAGAACACGGAACGGGAGAGGCGCGGACUUUUUGGCGUGGAGAGCAACGCGACGCUGCCUGCUGACUGGAAACAUCACGAAGGUCGCAAUAAGGAGCCAGGGGCAUUUGGGAUUGAUCGGAGUUACAGCUACAGCGCCAGCCUUGGAAAAUAUUUCAACAAAGAACUCACAGAGGUGGCAGGGAUGGCGAGCAGCAGUUCCCUGAAUAGCGAGAACGUUUAUGCCACCAUCAAGGAUCUUCCAGGACCCCCCUUCUGCCCCCCUGAAAGCAGCUAUAUGGAGAUGAAGGCGGCUGUCCCCCGAGGGCGAGCGUACACCCAGAGCGGACCCCCGCCUCCUCCGCCCCCACCCUUCAGCACCGCCUCUCUACGACGACAACGUCAGCAUUCAGUUGGCCACGCCCCCCUGGAGGACCCGCUGGGCCACUACGACCUCCCGGUCAACAGCCACAUCCCAGGCCACUAUGACCUGCCGCCCCUCCGCCGGCCCCCUUCGCCGGAGAGAACGCCGCGCUGACCCCCCGUCGUUGAUGGAAACGCAAGCGAGGCUCCCCAAGCGCCCUCCGAGACGGCGUACAAUCCCCCCGCCGCCCGGGGGAGGACGCUGGUUUUUCACGACUGGUGAGGAGACGCCAUGUUCAUGUGGGCCGCCGCCCGAGGAGAGGGACUCAGGACGGGAUAAUGACUUGAAAAGGAUGUCAGUAUGGUUUGAACCCUCUUCAGCUUCAACUUUGGCUGGUUUCCUAAAGUUAUUCGCCAUGUAAUGAUGCACUUUAGCAAUUUUUCUUUUAAUUUGCUCGCUAAUUAACGUGGUUUUUCCACAAGCUGCACGUCAAUGAAAAUGAAAUGAUGCCUUAUUUUAGACAAUAGGAGUUUAGUAUUCUGGAAACAUCUUUUUUCUUCAUCUUUUAAUUGCGAGUUUUCCUCUUCCCAGUAGUGUUGGCUCGUGAGUGAACGACUUUUUUCAGUGAACGAGAGUGAACAAUCUCUUCCUAAAGUGAUUCGGGGUUUUUUUUUCAAUUCAUAUGACUUCAACCAGUAGGUAAUGCGCAUUGAAGCUGGUGCCACCUCGCCGUAAAAUGAAACGAAGAAGAAAAUGAUGUCACUUCCCGUUCACGAACGAGUCUUGAAUUGCAUUUCUCGUUCACUGACUGAACGGAUCUGUGAACGAACGAGUCAGUGAUUUGCAUUUCCAGGUCAUCGCGAGAACGGAGCAGUGAGGGAACGAAUCCUGACUUUCUUGUUCGUGAACGGGUUAAUGGGUGAACUGCCUUCCCGUGCAUCACCGGAUCAGUCAUGAACGUGUUGUUAUGUAAGCUAGAAUGUCGAUUUAUGAUUUGCCAAGGAAAGAAAGAACCACUACUUCUUUUAUGCGCGUUUUCUCCAAGCUAACGGCUACCUUUAUUGCAUGAAGGGAUGCGCCGUUUGUUAUGCAACAACGGGGAGAUUAUGCUUCUCUUUGGCUAAUCCAGUGCUUCUCAAUUAUUUUCUGUUACGCCCCCCCCUAGCAAGAAGAAAACUAUUCGCGCCCCCCCCUCCCCACCGUGACUAUCCUAACUUGUCUUGUAAGUCGUAAAAUGUUGCACUGUCGCAAACGUGACAGAAGUAACAAUGAGAGCGCCACUGCCCCCUGCUGUAGUAAACGCGCAAUUACACUUUAUUCUAGUACUGCCAAAAAAAAAGCCUGUUCCCCAGGGUCACACGCGCCCCCCCAGGAAUAGCACCGCGCCCCCCAAGGGGGGCGUGCCCCACUAUUUGAGAAGCACUGGCCUAGGUGACUGAUUCACAAUUUGGUUUUGUCUGAUAUCAGAGAUUAAAUAAAGAAAACCAACUGGCUGA